CUUCCGUUCUCUGCAUCCAGAACACAGAGUUGAUCGAUAAGAAGCCAUGGCUUCCACGAACACCAUGUCCUCCUUCAUGCUCGUCCUGGCGUUGCUGCUCUCAUGCGGUGGCAUGAGCAACGCGGCGCGGCGGAUGCAGGAGCUCCCGAAGCCUGACCUGCCGCCUCUUCCCAAGCCUGAAGAACCGAAGCCUGAGCCCCUGCCGGUGCCGCCGCAGCCCCUGCCGAACCCUGAGCCGCUGCCGGUACCGCCACAGCCCCUGCCGAAUCCUGAGCCCCUGCCAAACCCUGAGCCGCUGCCGGUGCCACCACAGCCCUUGCCCAAGCCCGAGCCGCUGCCGGUGCCACCUCAGCCUCUUCCCAAGCCCGACCCGCUGCCGGUGCCACCACAGCCUCUUCCCAAGCCCGACCCAUUGCCGGUGCCACCACAACCCCUACCGAAGCCGGAUCCAUUGCCGGUACCACCACAGCCCCUGCCCCAACCCGAACUGCCGAAGCCGGAGCUGCCACCCCCGGUGCUGGCUGGUGAGCUUCCACCAAAGCCAGAGGCAGUGCCACCGAAGCCGGAGGUGGUCCCGCCACAGCCAUGAUCGAUGAGCUACCAUGAUGACUUUAGGGGCGCAUAUUAUUGAAAUGGCGCUCUAAGCAAAUGCAUGCGUGUAAUUUGCUCAUUCGUGUGACGGACAUGCAUGCAUGCUGGGUUAUUGAUGAUAUUGUAUAGCUAGGAUAUCAGAUUUGGAGCGUGAGCGAUGUAUGCGCAUCGCCAUGCCAUCUGAUCCGGCCGUGAUUGUGAUCUGUGUGUUCCGGCCGAGAUCCAUGUGUAUAAAUAAAUGGAUUCGUUUGUAUAUCUAUGUAUUUCUGUCGCACCAUUCAUAUCGAGUUCGACCCUAAAUUACCGAA